AUGCCUCGUUACAACAAGUAUGCCCCUGGCCCUCGGGCCUCGAAUCCGUACCCUCUUCGUUCCCAAAUGAGUCUUCCCCAGCCGUCCAACCCCUUAGAGAGGGACCGUACACUGGGGUCCCCAAUCCAGAUAGAUUCUCGAGAGUCAUCACGGCCACCAAUCCUAAAUGCGUCGCCAAUUGCGCCGCCCUCAUCGAUCCGGAGCCUGUCGGCUGGGAACCCUAUUGAGAUUGAUUCUCAAGGCUCUCCUCAUCCGCUGGCUCAAAAUCGAUCCCCAGCGGUGCCCUCGUUAGGUGAUCCAAGAACCAUCCCCCGGCCGGUUUCCCCCAAAGCUACCCAAGCCUCUAGAGCUGAUCGGGUACCCCCAGGCCGAGGUUCCUCGAAUUCGCCAGUGGCCCGUCGUCCUUUUGAGGUGGCCAGCUCUUCGUUGAAUCACCUCUUGUCGCUUCUGAGUUCCAACCGCGCUGUCAUUGAUGAGCCCUGGACGCUACUGCCGGCUCCGCGUCCACGCAAUCUGAGCACGCCCAGCGAGGUUCGAUCCGCUGACGAUGUCGCCCAACCUACUUCGACCUCAGCCUCUCAAGAAGAGUCUGCAGUCUCAGCUGAAGAUGAUUUAGAAUCUUCUUCCAGUCAGCACACCGCUUCCAGUAACCAGUCCUAUCCGUUUGCGCGUCAGCCCCGUGUCGCCUCGCCCGAUCCUCCUGGGUUCUACGACGUCGACAAAUUUCAUCUCCUGAGGGAUCAUCAGAUCGAUUCCCUCCUCAGUCGUCGAGCGGAUCCAGCUAGGUUUGAUUGCGCCCUUCGUUUCCCGGCGAUCAAGCUCACCGGGUUAGUCACUUCAAGUUUCUUAACCGCAGUUACAUGUCGCUUAGGCGACACUUCCGUCACUUGGAUUAAGUUCUUCCUGGUUUGA